AUGAUGGCCUUAGUACCAACGUCAACUAGUAACCGAGGCAGUAAUCCUGGCACAGAGAAAGUGUGCGAUAUGCUGCAGGAAAUUCGUGAUGAGUUUCACACACUUAAAACAUUCAUCUCUCAACAACAGCAUGAGAACAGUUCUGAUCUGAAUAAUUUAUCUGAAAUGCUUACUCGAGCCGAACAUAACAUCAAGGAAAGAACUGAUAACGUUUUGAAUAUGCUCAAUGGAAAUACAGUGACGACGUUAUCUUUUAAUCAAGUACAAAAUGCUCAACAACGUUAUCAAAAUAAUUCAAUAUCUGAUCAAUAUCAACAGCGGAUCGACAGUGGUGCGGUGUCACGAGGCAGAUUGCAUGUGAAUACCGCAAUAGGUGGAACUCGACAAAGAUACGCUGAAACUAUACCAAUCAUAUCUAUUGGUGCUCAACAACAUCGACCUGUUGCACCAGGUGCUGUUGCUCGUCAUGAGUAUCAAUCGAAAAUUAUACGAAAUCCAUUUAAUAAACGUAAUCGUGAAGUCAUGCAUGAUAAUUACGGUGUACAGCUACCGCUGAUUGAAAAGCAACAACAGCAUCGAACGCCGGCAUCGCGAAAUAUUUUGUCAGGGAAAACAACCGAGCCAGUUGGUAUUUUACCAUAUAAAAGUCGACGUAAUCCUAUUGAUUAUCCAGUUCCACUCACAGCUGAAGAUGCCAAACGAGGAAUAAUAAGUUUAGUAGAGCGUGGUAUCAUUCCACAAGGUGCUAAUAUAACAUUAGACCCUCCUGCUAUCCAACCGAAAAAAUCCAGUUUAAAUGAUCCAACCGCCCGCAUGCGAGCAUUCAUCAGAGACGAUUCGAAUAUAUCCGUCUAUCAUCUUCAACCGGCGACAGGUCAACUACUAGCUAUAGCUGAUAAGCCAGCCGUACCACCGGCAAUAUUAGAACAUACUUCAAGUGGAUUAUUAAGCGACCCAAGUGAACAGAAUAUGAAUAGAAUAGGAUCAUCAACAAAAUUUCAUGCAUCAACACUAGUUGAAUCGCGAAAAUCCUCGGGUAAUCGAAUGCAAAAAGGUACUCUGACAACAUCAGCAACAAAUAGUGGUAUAGCUGCUCGUCCAGUAUCGACACCGGCAUCGAAUGUUGAAUAUAAAAAAACUGUUCAUUUGACUAUACAGAAUGGCUUGACGAAAGAUCAAACUGAUGAAUUCUUACGAUUUCGACAACUUCAUUGUUUAAUGUGGGGAAACAUUGUGACUGUAUUUCGAAUGUUAGAAAAACUCAUGUACGACUAUGCUAUACCAGUUGCGUUCAUCAGCGGAGAAAGAGUUGUCGAAUUGGCACAAACCGUUGAGCUGGAACAUAAACCUACUCUUGAUGAACUUCUCAGUGCUGUUCUCAAUCGAGAAGAAGUUGAAGAAUUAGUAAAACGAAUAGGACGUCGAUUCGUCGGCAGUGGCGGAAAAGAACGUGCAGCGGUCGCAAUUCAAGCGUAUUGGCGUCGUUUUCGUGAUCGUCGAGCUUACAUUCGUUUGCGAAAACGUAAAUGGGCAGCGGGUGUUAUUGCUCUUUCUUGGUUAAUGACUGUCAAACUAGCGAAAGCACGGUACCAGUUGAAGCUCAGUCGUCAACGUCAGAUCGAAUUCUUUAAAGCAAAACAAAAUGAUCUACGACAACGUUGGGCAACAAUCACUAGUAGUCGUCGUGUGAUCGUUCAUAUACCCUCGUUAGGCAUAUCGCAACGUGUUCGACGAAGACUAAAUACUUUGCCCAUACGAGAAAAUCAUCAAAUAGGGCGCUUAUGCGAAUUAGAUGAUCCCAAUGUUGAUGUUAUUUACGUCUCACCUAUGCCUAUCAAUGAAGAGUUUCUACAAUAUUAUAAUAAAUUAAUCAAUUUACGAAGCACUAUCCAACAGGAUAGCGAACAAAUAGUACCUCCCACAGCAGCUGACUACAUUUGUGAUCGGUAUAUGAUCGUUGUGCCUGAAGCAUUACAUAGUUUUCCCACCCAUAAUAUGUGUUUGGCGACAUUACUUAAAUACAGUCCGAAGGCGCUGAAAAGGAUUAGAAAUUUAAUCAAAGGUCGUGAAGCAUAUAUGGUGACUGGUGUUUCACAUUGCGAUGAUCUUUACAUAGCUGAUUUUCUAAAUAUUCCAAUAUUUGGUUGUGAGCCCGAAUUUUCAGAUUUAUUUUCUACAAAAUCAGGUUCCAAACGAAUCUUUGGCGCGAGUCAAGUUCCUAUGCCAUUUGGCGAAUUUGAUAUAUACAAAGAGAACCAUUUCUUCGAAGCUUUGUCGCAAUUAAUUAUCGAACAUUUGGACAUUCAACGGUGGGUAUUCAAAAUCGAUGACGAUUUCGAUGGAUUAGGUAUUGCCUAUUGUGAUGUUGUCAAGCAUCUUCCCUGCUAUAAAAGUACUCUAAAAGAAGCGGCGCGAUUCGGUGAUAAAUGGUCAAUACGCUGGGCGCACGAACAAUCUUACGUCAAGGUUCUUUCUGAAUUACCUGCUGUGCUUGAAAAACAUACUGUCUGUAUCAAUAAGAGUUUAUAUAACGGUUGGCAAACGUAUUCGAAAGUCUUCUUCGCUCAAGGUGGGAUCAUUGAAGCGUAUCCACCAUCGGACUCUGUGACAUCGAUAACUGUUGGUUUAUCAAUCGAACCAAAUGGUCAUCAUUCAAUUAUUUAUUCCGGUGAUCAUCUACAUGCUGAAUCUCAGUUUUCUUGUUGGGGCUUGUCAUUCCCUCAAUCGAGCGUCGAACCUACUGAUUUGAAUCAAUAUUGCCAUCAGAUUGCUGAACAAUGCAAACAAAAACAAAUCUUCGGCUAUGUUGAUGUUGAUUUCGUCACAUUUAUCGAUUCGAAAACUGACAAACAGCAUGUCUGGGCUGUUGAUUUAUCCAUUGGUUAUUCAGAACAUUUAGCACUGUAUCGAAUGACACGUUUUAUUACAACUGGUCAUUUUGAUCCUCAAACACAUUCGUUUACCGUCAAAGUGAAACAAGUGAAACAACGCAUGAGAAAUUGGCAAACGGACGCGCCUGAACAACAUAUUGUCGAAAAGAAUCGCUUUGCUGUGUGGACAUCGAGAUUGUACCAUUCUAACCUGCCUGUUCUUCAACUGAGCGUUUUUUUUCAAAUAUGUCGUGCGCAUGGUGUUGGUUUCGACAUUCGCGAAAGACAAGGUAGUAUUUUUGCGUUGUUAGAAAGUGAACGGCAUGAAAAUCUCGGCAUGGUGGCAAUCGGCGAUUCACUUCAAAAUACACUAUCGAAUUUUGCUUAUAACCUAAAUUCCAUUAACCAAGAAAUAACAACAACGAAUAUGCAAGGCAGAAGUAACUUCAUGUUGGCAAUCAACGAUAUAGAAAGUAUUCUUGGUAUUACACAAGAAAAUGCAUCAAGUAUUUCGUCAACAACUACGGGUACAUCCGCUAUCACGGGUACGUCGACAACUGUGGGCGGUACUUGA